UCGCUGCCGCCGCGGCUGCCCAUGGAGGCCGCCGGCGAGGCCGAGGUGCGGCUCCUCCUGCAGGAGGCUCGGGAGAGCAUCGAGGCGGCGCGGAGCUACCGGCGGGAGCUGCAGCAGCGGCUGCGGGGGCUGCACCAGGCGCGGGAGCAGAUCAAAGAUAGUGCAACACUGACCAGAGAUGUGCUUGAGCAGCAUUUUAGCGAUUUGAAAGGGACCCUAAAGAAGCUGCUGGACGAGCGACUGAUGUCCCUGCUGCAGGAAGUGGAUGUCAUAGAGCAGGAGAGCAUCAAGCCCCUGGAUGAGUGCCAGAAGCUGAUAGAGCACGGAGUCAGCACGGCCGAUGAUCUGCUCCGGGAAGGAGAGAGUGCAGUCGAUGGAGAUGUGGGACAACAGAAUGAGAAACUUUGCAACUUUACAAAAAAAGCUUUACAUAUUCAGCUAGAUAGCUUACCAGAAGUGCCCUCCUUGGUUGACGUGCCUUGUUUAUCUGCCCAGUUGGAUGACUGCCUCCUUACUAUAUUGAAAAAUCAAAUAUUCAGACAUGGAACUGUGGCAUCCCGCCCACCUGUACAGCUGGAGGAGUUUGUGGAAAAGCCUGGAGGUAUUUUAGUCCGAUGGUGUAAGGUGGAUGAUGAUUUCGUCCCCCAGGACUACCGGCUGCAGUACCGCAAGAGCACCGCCAGCCACUUUGAGGACGUGUACGUGGGCUCAGAGACGGAGUUCAUGGUGCUGCACAUCGACCCCAACGUGGAGUACCAGUUCCGGGUGUGCGCGCGCGGGGACGGGCGGCAGGAGUGGAGCCCCUGGAGCGUCCCCCAGAUCGGCCACACCACGCUGGUCCCCCACGAAUGGACAACUGGUCUGGAGGGUUACAGCUUGAGCAGCCGAAGAAACAUAGCGCUUCGGAAUGAUUCUCAGUCAUGUGGUGUGCUCUACUCCAAAGCUCCUACUUAUUUCUGUGGGCAGACAUUAACAUUCAGAAUUGAGACGGUGGGGCAGCCAGACCGCCGGGACAGCCUGGGCGUGUGUGUGGAGCAGCGGAACGGCGACGACUCCCUGCAGCGGGACAAAGCCGUGUGCAUCAGCACAAAUGGGGCAGUAUUUGUAAAUGGAAAAGAGAUGACAAACCAGUUGCCUGCUGUUACUUCUGGCUCGACUGUGACAUUUGACAUGGAAGUUGUGCAGUUGGGACCCUGCAGCAACGAGGGAGGAAACUUCAAGCUUCGAGUAACCAUCAGCUCUAACAACAGAGAAGUGGUCUUUGACUGGGUGCUUGAUCAGUGCUGUGGCUCUUUGUAUUUUGGAUGUUCAUUUUCAUACCCAGGCUGGAAGGUUUUGGUCUUCUAGCAGUGAGUAAAGGGAUUUUUUGUUCUUGCUGUAAAGUGUAAUGUUAAAAGCUGAGUUUCCAGCUGUUUGACAACAAUCUGGUAACAAACCCCUGUUCUAUAGUACUUGAACUCCUCGAUAUUGUACUUCGUACUGGAUUCAUUUGAACAAGAAUUGUGAAACAUUGGAUUUGUUACUCUGAAGAAAGCUAGAAACAAGCAUUUGUGUAGGCAAAUUAAUUUAAGCAGUCCAUCAGACCUUUCCCUUUUUUUCUCUAGACUUGAUUUUUGUCAGUAUUUCAUUGUACUCGUCUCAGGGUACGCACGUUGUGUAGAAUUAACUUUGCUUAAAGCUGCUGCUCUGUGAAAGAAGCGUUUUAGGGGUGGUAGUGGACCAAAGUUGUAUUUAUACCACUCAGAGCACAGUAUUUAGAGCAGCCAGGUCCUGCUAUGCUUCCUUGUGCACGCUGCUGCCUUAGGAGUGUGAGUGGGCAGUGGUGCCGCCUGUGGCAGCCGCUUCCUCCACGCACGGUACUGUUCAUCCCUGAGCAGCAGGGAUGUCUGAGCCAGCCUCCUCUGUCUCCCUUAAGUGCCUUAUUUUGAUACUUCUUGAACUGUUUUCUGUGUUGUCACUUGGGACCUUCUCUGGAGUAGCUGCAUGGUGAUGCUUACAUCGCCCAUGCUCGGCUGCCUCAAGCAGACCAAGAGGCAGAGCAGGAUGUUCUCCUGAGCCUCUCCGAAUGUCUUCCCUGGUUACAAUUCACACCCAGGAUGUGUCAGAGCACGUCUCAGUGAUUUGGUACCUGAGCUCAACCUGUCUCUUGCUGUUUGACGACACAAGUGCUGUUGUGAUGUGCAGGAUUCCUGGCAAGCCCAAGUUGUACCUGGGGACGCGGGGCAGUCAGUGCAGGUGUUUGGCCCAAGCACUGCAGAGACUGCAGCUGCUGCUGGAGCUCCACCUGCAGUCAGGGAGAUGGGCUUCAGGCAGACCCCACCUGCACAGAUUUAACCUGCAGCAGUCAGAAUUGAAAAGAUGGUGAUAAUUAAACCGUCUCCUCCAUAGGGUAGGAUUGGAUAAAUAAUAGUGUGACUUAAAUGACUUGGAAUUCAGAAGUUACAUAAGGUUAGAAGUUACAUAAAGUUACACCUUUUUCCUCUAAGGAGCAACUAAGAUGGAUAAGCUCAGUCUCAAAGAGAGCCUAUCCCUGGUCAAAAGAUUGCAAUGCUACUGGAUUUAAAAAAUAUUUAAAAGUAACAUUCACUGAGGGGCUUCUUACCUCAAGUUCAAUUAAAAUUAAAUAUAUUUUAUCAUGUUAGAAUAGCACUAUUUUUAUAAAGCCUAGACAAUCAUACUUCCUUUCCUUCAGUGGCAAUGUGCUACAUUAGCCUUCUCUGCUACCAUAAUAAGCUUAAAGCAUAAAAGCUUAUUUUACAGUUAAUUAACAUUGCUGUUACUCACACUGUCAGUACAAAAAAGAUCAGCCAUCCUGCCUGAAUUUUUCCCCCAGCAGCUGUGGCAGGGCUACAGAAACUUCAGACAAGGAGAAUGGCUGUUGGUAUUUAUACCACUUACAAGAGCAAAAAACAACGUGUGUGGCUUUAGAUGAGUGCAAAGAACCUGCACAGGGCAGAGUUAGGUUGGAACUGGCUGGAAGGCAUGAAGUGAGGAAGACUCAACUGCUGCAGGUCAGAUCAGCCACCAUUAGCAACAAAGGGCCUGCAGUGCUCUUAGUUUUUCAAGCUCCACUAGUUCAGUGUUAGGGAAAAAGAGAAUACUGGCGUAUCCUGUGCUUUCAGUGUUACUUCAAUUCUCCUGUGAAGAGUGUUUUCAGUACUUUUACAAAAAGGUUCAGUAGAUGAAAGUGUCAGUCCUGCUCAGAGGGUUGGGCUGGCACUCCAGAGAGCAGCUGAUUUAAUCUUGCUCCAUUGUAGUAGUGCUGGCAGUUCUACUUACACACUUCAGGUAUCGGGUACUAGCUGUAACUUAGUACUUUUACCAUGUGGAAACUAAAAUUGUGAAUAUCCAUACUUCUGAGGUACCAACGGGUCAGGUACCUUUUCGUCUGCUUUGGAGGGGCUGGUCAGGCUGUAGAUUCUGCAGGAUAUUUACUUACAUAUUAGAAAAUAAUUCAGGUACUUCCAGAGGUGACAAUGCCGUGUCAGGUUAUUCAGAAUAUACGUAAAAGCAGCUGAAGAUGACUGUGAAGGGCCAUGAGAGGCCCCUACUGCUGCCCUGGGGAGGGCAAGAGAAGUUUUUUUGCCUUCAGGCUUUAGCUGUGUGUUGAACGAGGGCAGUUUGCCAAUGGUUCUUUUGUUGUUAUUGUGGUGGUUUUGGUUUUUAUUUGAACUUGGCACAAGCCUCGCUGUCCAAAUUGCAAAUGAGGUACUUUCAGCCACCUCUUGGAGCUGCACCUUGUGAACAGGGGAGGAGUGAAGAGUCUCAGGGCAAGAGACCCGAGCACUAAAGGAACAAAGGAUGCAAAGAAGCGGAAGAGGCUGGAACUGAAAGGUGUAAAUUCUGUUCUUCCACAGCAGAGUUCGGCUGGAUGGAAAACUUGACACUUCCUGUAAAAUUUGCACCUCUAGCUCUUGGAGCCCUGCAAGCAAGAGUGUUAAUGGCUUAUGAAACCCAAUGCUGAAAGUUGUUCUCCUAAGCUAGUACAUUCACUUACCUCAACUAAGACUUAUGUGUCAAGAGAAAUUUGAAUUUUUUUAAAUAAAAGUUUUAUCCCUCAA